AUGAUAUCUAAAUUUAGCCAUAAAAAUAAUUGGGAUAGCAUCUUUUAGGAUACUUAGAACAGAGAAAGGAGAGACCAAUUGUAAUGUGCUGGCGAUGACGAACAUGUUUAAUUACAUAAGAGACUUAAUACGUCAUCUAAAUCUAUUAAAUAAAUUUCAAAUAAUAAUUAUUAUUAAAUGCUUUACUUAUAAGCACUUUCUUAUCUUUUCUCCUCUGAUUUAUAUCGUUUUAGAUCAAGAGAAGAUUCUUUGCUGUUAUACAAACAAAAAAAAUUUAAAUAAUACAUACUUUGUAAAUAAAUUAAAUAGUUAUAAACAAUAACUCGCAAAUAAGGUAGAACAUAAUUAAAGAUUUAAUAGUAAGUUUUCAUCAUGACCUCUCAAACAAACUUCUGUCCUCACGAAUUCGCUAAAGUAUUAGACGGUAGCUGCCACGAAACUCGUAAAAAAUGGAAAGAAUUUUCACAAGACCCUCUUUUCAUUCCUCGCUAUAACAUUAGCUUAAGAGAAUAAAAGGACUUAGCCCUUGAAAGAUUAAAAGUAGUAGCUAAGAAUAGAGUCUUUUCAGUUCACGACUUUGCUAAAAACCCAUUAAAUGUUUUUGCCAAUCACGAAAUGGCUGCUUGGGUUGAUGGUUCACUUGCUACUAAGCUUACUGUUUAGUUAAAUCUUUUUGGUGGUACAGUUUACACACUCGGUACUGAAAGACAUUUACCUGUAGCUGAAGGUGUUGAUACUCUUUCUACUAUCGGAUGUUUUGCCUUAACAGAACUUGGUUUUGGUAACAAUGCUGUUCAAAUGGAAACAACCAGUAUUUGGGAUCCUUAAACUAAAGAAUUUAUUAUCAAUUCUCCAACAGUUUUGAGUCAGAAAUAUUGGAUUACAAAUGGUGCUCUCCACUGCAAUUAUGCUAUUGUCUUUGCUCAACUCAUAUUGCCAGGCAACUAAAAGGAAGGUGUCCAUGCAUUCUUAGUCAGAGUAAGAAAUGAAGAUGGAUCAGUUUGCAAAGGUGUUUUUAUUGAAGAUAUGGGAAGCAAGUUCGGUUUGAAUGGAGUUGACAAUGGAAGAUUAAGAUUUGAUAACGUAAGGAUUCCCAGAGAAGCUAUUUUAAAUAAAUUCUCAGAAAUGUCUCCUAGUGGAUAAUUUACUUCUACUAUUAAAGACAAGAGAUAAAGAUUCUUGAAAGUUGCUGACAGACUUCUUUCAGGUAGAAUUUGUAUUGCUUCUAUGCUUAUUGGAGGUACUAAAUAUUGUCUUGCUACUGCUAUCAGAUAUGGAUCAUAAAGACUUGCAGUUGGUAAAACAGGAAAAUCUGAUACCCCAAUCAUGAACUUUAACUUAUUCUAGAACUAAGUUUAUCCUUUGCUUGCACGUACUAUCACAUUGAAUGUUGGAUUUAAUAAAGUAAAAGAAGUUUAUGCUGAAUCUCUCCUUAAGAAAGAAGAAGCUAGUGCUUUCUUAGUUUGUUUAUGCUGUGCUGUUAAACCUCUUAUCACCUGGAAUUCUAGAGAUGUUGGAACUACUUUAGUUGAAAGAGUUGGUGGUCAAGGAUAUCUUAGCGUUAACAGAUUAAGCGAAUUAUUACCUUUUGCUCAUUCAGGUAUUACUGCUGAAGGUGAUAACUCAGUGUUAAUGUAAAAAGUUGCAAAAGAGCUUCUCACUUUAGUUUCUAAAAACUAGUUCCCCUUCUCAAAGCCAACAAAUAGCAGAUAAGAUAUAGCAAAGAUGACCAAGAUAACCGACAUUUAAGUUUUAAUUGAUCUCAUUAGAAUUAGAGAAAUUGACUUAAUUAAAGAAGUUAGUGUUAUGACCCAAACCUAAAUGAGCCAAGGAAAGGAUAUCUAUGAAAUAUGGAUGGAAAAGGAAAAUGCUGCCAUCUAAAAUUUAGCUAGACAAUUCGGUGAAAGAAUUAUUGCAGAUUUUGCCUAAUAGAACUUAGCAAAUGUUAGAUAGGACGUGAAGAGACCUUUGGAUUUAUACUUCAAGUUACAUUUAGUUUCUGUUGUGCUUUCUAAUUUAGGAUGGUAUUUAAUGAACAAUGUCGUUACUAGUGAUGCUGCACGUUCCCUUGAAGAAUUAAGAAAAGAAUGUAUUGUCUAAAUUCAUCCUAUAGCUUUAUACUCUGUUAAUGCAUUCGGUAUUCCUGAACAUUUACUUUGUGCUCCUAUUGCUUAAAACUAUGAAACAUAUAACUCAAAGCCUAAUAAUGGUGAGCUUAUUACUUCAAAAUUGUGA